GAUAACGCCAGCUACUACGCAGACGUACGUAGACAAGUACCGAGUUGACUGUAGACCAAUUGAAACGGAGGACCGACUUGAUGUUUUCCUUACGUCGAGAUAUAGGGCCGAGCUGGCUUAAUUGGAGCUUGUGUGCUAGACCAUGUUGACACAGAAGCGAGUUGAGUCCGGACCGAAUUGGUAGACAUGCCGAGGUCAUAACAUUACAUGCACGUCAUUGCACUCCACUCGGACAUAUGCAAUGCCUGCGGUCUGAUCAUCGGUGAUUCCUUCCUUGACCAUGCCGAACACAUGCCAGAAUGUAGCUCGAUUCACAAAACAGAACAUUGGAAGGUCCCUGACCCGUUGUUCGUUGAGGGUGGUGGGUGAUGGCGCAGAGUAAUUGGAGCGGUUUUGGACAUGUUGGAAGCGUGAAUGGGAGAAAUGAGCGUCCGAUGAUGAAUUUGAGACAGUCAGAGGGGGAGCGCCUGCACGAGCAAGCAUUAUCAUUUUACGUACAUGGAAAUUUAGCCCAAGCCAAAAUUCUGCUGGAGAAGGCCGUAGCACUGGAGCCAUCCAAUGAAUCGUUUCAAGAAACCAGGAAUUAUUUCACCCAAGUCGAGCAGUGGCCGUCUUCAUACAGGGACCAACAACAAGUCCCAGGACGAAGCUACCCUGAUGCCGAGCCACAAUGGGCGCAGUUUGAAAGGAAUCCAGCCACUCCUGUGAACUCCACGAGACAGCACUGGGGCAGUGAGGGAGUACACAGCAGCUCAAACGUCUCCAACGGGAACUUGUUCAAACCAAGGAGUGCCAGAGGUCAGUGGCAACAACCAGCAAAUGGAACCUCCACCCAGUAUUUCUCCAACACCGUGGCUGACAGCAUGUUCGGCCCUGCUUAUUGGGCGCAUCCGGAAGGUGUCCAAAAUCACGGAGAGAACAGGACUCACUUUGGUGAGCCGCAACCUCCUCAGAGACAAAACAACGUUUCCUAUGCUGGUAAGACGAAUUUCGGAUCCCAUUACGGAAAACCUACUGAUGCACACAUGUACAAUACCAGCACGCAAGACAAUACGUGGGGACAGUGGAAUGAUACUGGAGCUGUGUCGGACCCAAAACCCGAAACGGCGUGGGCAGACUCGGGCUACCGGCAGAGUGACGUACCUUGGACAGAUGAGCCCCGGAAAGCUGCUUCGCUUCCUAAUUAUAACAGAUCAGGCGCCAACGGCAGUGUGAGCCAGAGCAGCCAGCGGGGCUCAAUGGCCAACUCAACAGAACGGUUCAGCCUGAAAGAGCACCCUGGCAGGGCUAGACAAAGCUCCCCACAUACCUGGCGCUCGGAGGAGACCAGCAGCGAGACCAAUUACGGCCUGGACAAUUUUGAUGAGGUGUCCAACAAAGUGCAGGAGUGGCUGGUCAGGAAUGAAUCAUCGGGGGUUCAGAAGCCCCCUCCACCUGGCUUGGGCAAACCCAAGAAGAACAAGAAAAAGAAGAAGAAGAAAAUGGAGGCUGCCCCCCAACAUGAAAGUCAAGGAACAGCUCCGCAGACAAAGAAAGAUGCCUCUCAAAGCAAGAGAGGUCAAACAUCCUCACCGAAGGAACAAUUACUAACUAGUGGAUCCAAAAAUCCUGUCAGAACCAUGUCUGCUAGUGUAGAAAGUAGUUGCCAAAAGGAUGAGACCAAGAAUCCAUCAAGAAGUGUUCCAUACUGCAGCCAAUCCUCAAAACCAAGAACUGUGCCAUCAACUGCAAAUUCUGCAACAAACAGCAACUCUGAUAAACCUUCAAAGCAUAGUAGCCCUAACCCCAAUGGAUCAAAGGGUUGUACAGAAAGCUACCCAUUCUUUGAUCCAAAGAGGAUAUUUGAUUCAUCAAACUCUUACAAGGAUUUUAAACCUUCUGGCAACAGCAAUCAGAAGGACAGUUCUGCCAAGGAAAACUCCAGUAAGAGAAGUGAGAGAGAAGACGGCAUCUUUAACAGGAAGCUCUCUUCGAAUGAAAGCAGAGGAGGAGGCAGUGCAAAGACAACAGGAGAGAAGCGAAGUGAUGCGACUGAUGUGAAGAUCACUGAUGGAGUUGACUGUAAUUCCUCACAGGUGAUUGAAGCAGACAGUAUGACUGAGGAUGCAGACAAGAGCUGGCUGAACAGCUCAGGCAGUGUUAGUAGCGAUGUGUCAGGAAGGAUGACAAGAGAAGAGUGGGAGGAUAUCAUUAAGAGGAUGUACGUGCCUCUUGGGGUUCCGUCCAACAUCAGUCAAGGGAACCCGGAACCAGCUGAAGAGACCAAGACCUCUGCCAAGCAAACAUCAUUCGUUCAGAACUGCAAUGAGAACUCUGUGACAGCUUCAGACACAGAUACUUUUAAAGGAAGCCCCGUAUCACAGUGGGAAACAGGUCCCGACCGUGGCACAAGCAGUUUGAAAAAGGAACCCAAAGCUGGAAGCACAAAUGCAGCAGAAAAGGACCACAGGGGUCCUCGGCGAGCAGAAUAUGUUGAUGUGAAAGCAUCACUGGAUGCUGGGAUCCUGGAGAAUAGGAUACCAGUUUGUCAUGCUGGCACUGGCAUCAAAUGGACUGCUCCUGCUGACAAACGUAUCAGGUUCUUCGGUAAAGACAAAUGCCUUUCAACACAGACUACUCAGUCAACCCAAGCCAUCCCGAGCUCUCUGAAACCUGUUUCUAAGGGUCCGAGUACAUCAACUAAAAGAGGAAAUACCUCACCUGAACUUGGCAGUAACGUUUCUACUAAACCUGUUCAAGAGCCUAAGGUGGAAGCCUCUGCAGCACCUUCAGAGAAGUCAAGGAAUGAAGCUUCAAGAGGACUUCAUGUCAUCUCAUCUGAAAGUACUGGUAAAGGUACAACAGAACCUGCAAAAGAACCUAAGGUAGAGGUUUCUUCAGCAGCAUCCCUGAAGUCUAGCAAUGCAGCUGUUGGAGGGAUUGGUGUUAAAGCUAAACAUCCUGAAGCAUCUAAGAUCAAGGGAAGUGAGCGGGAAACACCAGCCAAGGUGCAGCCAACACAACCAUCUAAGCCGUUCUGGGAGCCCGCAAGAAUAUUUGCGACUCCUCCUAAGAAAGACCAAGAUAGUAGGAAAAAGCAAUCAGGUGCUGGAGCAUCUUGUGCGGAAUCAAACAACAAAUUGAGAAACGUGACGUCUUCUGUUCAGCAAACAGCUAAAUUGAAGGACACGACAAGUUCAGGAAGUGAGGAUGCAUUAAAGGCAUGUGAUACCAACGCAACCAGUAAUGGAGGUAUGACCAGUCAACCUGUAACACGAACUAAAAAGUCUACCUCUGCCGAAAGGGCCUCUACUUCAAACAGUGAUUGUAAGUCACCCACUCUCAAGUCGAAUGACUCUUUGAACUCUGCCAGCAACAGUCAAACUGGUGAUCCACCUCUGAAAUCGAGCACAAAGUAUUCCUAUGUCGCCUGGCGGGAUCAGAAAGCAGAGAAAGACAAGUGUACUUCAACGAAGACUAGUCAAGCAUCCCCAGCCCAAGCUUCUCAGAACAAGAGCUUUCCAAGUGCUGAAUCCAAGAGAAGUGGACAAACUGAAGCUCAGCCUGCCCCGAAACCUGCAGCGAGACCAACAAAGGUAAGCACGUCCCAGGACAAAUCUGAAGAUCCUGGAUUGAGAUCAGAUGCAGCAAGCUCCAAAGUUCCUUUUGAGAAUGGACCUGCCAAAGAAACCAGUGAGAAGACACAGUCACAGUUUUCAAGUUCAAGUAAACAUCCCCAACCAACACAAGAUGCAGCUUCCACUCGACCACAGGACCGCUUCAACUCUAGAAAUGUCCCAGUAAAUAACAGCCCUCGGGAGGAUUUCAGUAAGACUAGGACAAAUUCUAGCAACAAGGUGCCCUCAGCUAAGCCUGACCCAAAAGCAAGGGAGUCCAGCAAGCCUCAUCCCGGAGAAUCCAAGACAAGAUCGGCAUCAGGUACAGCUCCAAAUAGUCAUCAACACCAGCAAAAGAGAGCAGAGGCAAGCACCGCUUACGCAUCUCAUCCUGGAAGGCCAUCAACUGACUCAGGUUCCAAGUCCUCCCGAUCAGGCACAGCUCAAGGGUCAAGACAGCAGGCCUCAAGUAGGACUUCGGAAGCAAGGACUGCUGCCAGUGCAAGAGAGGAAGACACUGGACCACGGCAGAGGCAGAGAGCAGGAGCAACAUCAGACAACCUUGAUGUUGAAGAUGUGGACCCUUGGUACAAGUGGACCAGAGCCAUUGGCAAAGGCCUGUGGUGGACCCUUUGUUUCAUUGUCUUCCUGCUGCUUAUACUCUUGGCCUGUCUCUACAGCACACUCAAGGUAGGCCUGAAGUACAGCUGGCACAUACUGAAGGAGCUGGCCAAGCUGAUCCAGGAGCACAGGCACGGCAAAAGGUCACCUGAAGGGUCGUCCGGAGGUCAAGGGUCAUGGGGGUCAUCUGGCACUGAUAACCGCAGGGCACCAGCUGAGCCCACCAGGAGCAUUGAUAUACCAACGUCAGGGGGUGAGGCCAUCAAGCGAUUGAUGCGCUGUAACCAAGACAACCCUUACGAAGUCCUCGGUGUCAGCUCAGAGGCCAGCGAAGAUGACAUCAAGAAAUACUACCGCAGGCAAUGCAUGCUGGUCCAUCCAGACAAGAAUGACCAUCCUAACGCCCGGGAGGCUUUUCAAAUCUUGCAGAAAGCCUAUGACACCCUGACUGAUCCCAUCAAGCGGAGAGAUUUUGAGAUGGAAAGCAAGUACACCCAUAUGAAUGAAGAGAUGGAGGACUUUGUGAAGAAAAUGGAAGAGAAAAUGGAAGAGGUUCUGAACACGUUAAGCUGUGAUGUGUGCAACGGUAAACAUCGUCGCUAUGAGACGGACAGAGAUCCUCACUAUGCACGCUUCUGCAGACGGCACGGCACCAGACACCCAGCUUAUGAGGGUGAUGUUUGGGUAGAGACAACUCAUCUAGGAUUCAAGUGGCACUUCUACGCCAUGAUGGAAGAUAAAAUAUUCGACAUCACAGAAUGGGCAAAGUGUCAGGAUAUGAAAUACAUGGAGGCCAAUUCUUGUGAGAUCCGGUACCGUGUGGGGACUCAACGUAACAGGAAUCCGUCCCGCCAGCGCACCUCGUCUCCAAACCAUCACAGCCAUCACCGGGGCCAGGACUUCAACGGCGACGUGACUGAAGAUCUUUUGAGGGAUUUACUGCGCCAGUUCCACCAGGGGGAUGCCCGAGGGGGCGGAGCCGGAGGUGCAAGCUACGGGGGAGGGGACAGCGGCAGCCAAGACAGAGGCAAGAAAGGCAAGAAACACCGAAAGAAGAAACGAUAACAACUGAAGAGAGACAAGUAGAGAGACUUUUCCCCAAUUGUUUCCAUCUUUUCUUUCUUUUGGAAUGAGUACCUUUUUUGUCUUCUACAUACACAGGUGAAGUUUGAUUCGCACUUUCUGAGGUCCUGUCAAAAAAAGAAGUUGUUUAUACAGCAACGCUUGUAAAUUAUAAAAUCUUGUAUUCUUCUCUGUGAAUUAAUUUUUUUGCAUGUGGCUGCAGCCUUUUGUUGCAAUGAACGCACAGAGAAUUACCUUGCAAAAAAAAUUGACGAAGGUUUCUAUAUUCACGAGAGUAUAUUGGUUAUUGAAGAGUUUAGAUCUAUUGGAAGAAAAUUGGUAUAUAUUUAUUAUUUGUUUUUCUGCAGAUCAUGUAGAUAUAUGUAAUGUAAUGUAGAUACGAGCUGUAAGUGGUUUGGAAUGGUCUUUAACCCAAGGUAUCCUGGAUUGAAGGUUGCAUAAUGUGAAUGCCAGUACCGAUCUUCUUCAUGUGGUGCUUGAGCCAAAGUUUUGGUUUUAACAUUUUGCUUAAACCAUAUUGUAUACUUCGAGUAACAGACCAAUACAGAAGCCACAAUUAGAAGGUGUUACUGAGGUGACACAACAGUUGCACACUGGUCGCUGAACCAACUACAUGGUUACAAUUUGCAACAAAUGCCUGUGCUUCUCAAAGUUAAGAAUGGCAUGUACGUGUUCUACAUAACCCCUGAGGAUCAACACACAAAGGGAGAACAACAGAUCCUUUCAGUCCUCGGGAGUUGGGUCUUUUGUUGGAAACGGUCCUCUGUAGUAAGUUUGUGUGCUUUAGUCUAUGUGAGAGUGUUAUAAUACAGGGACAAAGGGAAACGCAAAGCAUUAUCCUCAAAGAGUAUAGUAAAACAAGAGUGUCUGCGCGAGAUCGUGGCAUGCGAGCAAACAUGGCACCACUGCAGGUUCAUUAUAUUUCAUUUUCUGUUGUUUGAUUGGUUU